AUGCGUCACCACGCACAGCGACUUUGUCGCCACAUCUCUCUCAAAGAAUGGCAAGAUGGCUUUCUUUCUUUCUUCGCCGAGUCUAACUUCGAGUGGCCGACGCGCUGUCACACAGGCCGGACUACGAGUGACAGCAAUGCUACUACUAACGUGUUUUAUAAAUAUGACUACGUCAAGCCUGAAAAAAAAAACUGGAAAACGGGUAAGCGAGGGACGGACUACUUCAAUGGGGACGAUGAGCUGCUCGCCUACGUUCGAGACGACGCCGUGCUUUGUGAGCGUCUUCAUAUCUCCCAAGUUCUCGUUAGAGACACAUCCAAGCCUGGUGGAAGGAGAACGCGUCGAGUGCCAGAGCGGGUGAACGUGUCAGAGUUUCACAAACGCAAAGCGGGUACCGAUGUAAGCACACGUAUCAACCAACAGGAAGCAUGCCCUCCACGCUCCCCCUCACUAGUCGCAGCAGCUGUACAGCCGCCAAAAAAGAAGCCUAAGCGGAAGUCGAAGCGUCAACUGGAGGAAGAAGCAAAUAGCCGCAGACGUGAGGCAGAUUCGUUGCAACUUGCAUUCCGCUUUCAGAAAUAUUACAAGUCUCUGUCCCUUGGAUUAGUUGACAUUGCGCUAGUCAACUCCUACAUUGUGUACACUGAGCUUUGGGAGAAGACCAAGAAGAAAAAGGACUCGCAUUAUGCAUUCUUGCUUGAGCUGCACUCACAACUGACUAACAUUAGCGGAGCUGACUUUAUUGGUUCCGCUCAAGUGUUAGAGGCUCCUCCCCGGCGACCAAUAGUCAUCUCCGGCGGGCACGCAAUCGUUCAAGGUGGUGACAAGCGCAAAAGUGGUGAAGCAACCCGUUCUCGGCGGCGUGCAUGCAAGGUUUAUUCGCUGUUGAAGCAAAAAGGAGCGAAACGUGCAUCGAAACGUUCGUGUUACUGCCCUAAGUGCUCGAAGAACAAGAAGGGUUUGACGUGGCUGUGCAAUCGCUUGCGAGGUCACUACCAGCACGAGGGGCUCAUGUGUGCUCAGAUUUGGCACUUGACGUGGUACAACGGCGAAUUUAAGCCUACUAGUGGUCACAUUCGUGACAGGGCUACCCCACAGUCGUAA